UGUGAAGUUGUUGCAUAACUAAGUUCAAUAGAAGAAACAGAAAGAAGAGAAAAGUAGAAAAGAAAAUGGUUGCUUUCUCCGACAAGCAAGAGGCUUUGGUGAAUGUCGCUUGGGAAGCAUUCAAGGCAGACAUUCCUAAAUACAGUGUUGUCUUCUACACCUCAAUACUGGAGAAAGCACCAGCAGCAAAGAACUUGUUUUCCUUUCUAGCUAACGGAGUUGAUCCCAGCAAUCCUAAGCUCACCGGUCAUGCUGAAAAGCUUUUUGGAUUGGUGCGUGAUUCGGCUGCACAACUUAAAGCAAAUGGAGCAGUCGUGGCUGAUGCUGCACUUGGUGCUGUCCACUCUCAGAAAGCAGUCACCGAUGCUCAGUUUCUGGUGGUAAAAGAAGCUUUCGUGAAAACAUUGAAGGAAGCUGUUGGAGCCAAAUGGAGCGAUGAGCUCAGCGGUGCUGUGGAAGUAGCUUACGAUGAAUUGGCAGCGGCUAUCAAAAAGGCAUAUUAGCUUCUAUUGCCUUAAAUUAAACUGUAAUAAAUAAAUUAUGUUUCAUAAACAAGUUACCCAUAUAAAUGUUGGUUAAAAUAAGUAAAUUAUA